CAUAAAAAAAAAAGAAGAAAAAGGAGGAAUCAAAACCUCAGUCACCCUGCAAUUCCACUGAACCUCAGUCUCCAGAGAUGGCGAAAAAGCUCAUAAUUCUCCUGACUGUACUACAGCUCCUUCCUUUUCUCUGCAAUUCCUUCACUUCUGAAUCUACCGCAGACCGUCGUGUACUCGUUUUGUUAGACGACUCCGCCAUCAAAUCCUCUCAUUCUUUGUUCUUCAAGUCCCUGCAAUCGCGCGGUUUCGAACUCGAGUUUAAGUUAGCAGACGAUCCCAAAGUAGCGCUCCAGCGUUACGGCAAAUACUUGUAUAACGCCUUAAUUCUCUUCUGUCCCACAGCAGAGCUGGUGGGGGCACCUAUUAAUGUCGAUGCAAUUCUCGAUUUUGUUGAUUCUGGUCAUGAUUUGAUUAUGGCGGCUGAUAUCGACGUCUCUGAUUCGAUUCGUGAGAUUGCCAUCGAGUGUGGUGUCGAUUUCGAUGAGGAUCCUGCGGCUAUGGUUAUUGAUCACACUAGCUACGCGGUAUCGGAAACUGAUGGAGAUCAUACCCUGAUUGCUAGUGAUGACUUCAUGAAGUCUGAUGUGAUGUUGGGCAGCAACAAAAUUGACGCUCCGGUACUUUUCCAAGGGAUUGGUCAUACGUUAAAUCCUGCCAGUACCUUGGUGUUGAAAGUUCUUUCAGCUUCUCCUUCAUCCUAUUCAGCUAAUCCCAAGUCCAAGUUGUCAAAUCCUCCAUCUCUUACUGGAUCCGCUAUCUCUUUAGUAUCUGCCGUGCAGGCAAGAAAUAAUGCUAGGAUUUUAAUUGCUGGCUCAUUAAGCAUGUUCAGCAAUCGAUUUUUUAGAUCGGGGGUGCAGAAGGCAGGGAGUUCAACAAAACAUGAGAAAUCUGGUAAUGAGCAAUUUUUGGUUGAACUCACCCAAUGGCUUUUCCAUGAGAGAGGUCAUCUUAAGGCUGUGAACGUAAGACACCACAAAGUUGGGGAAGCAGAUGAACCUUCAUUGUACAGAAUCAAUGAUGACUUGGAAUACUCGGUCGAAAUUUAUGAAUGGUCUGGAACAAGCUGGGAACCAUAUGUAGCAGAUGAUGUUCAGUUGCAGUUUUACAUGAUGAGCCCUUAUGUGUUGAAAACUUUAUCGUCUGAUAAGAAGGGUCUUUUUUAUACUGCUUUCAAGGUUCCCGAUGUUUAUGGGGUUUUCCAGUUUAAAAUUGAGUACCAAAGACUUGGAUAUACGACCUUAUCCUUAGCAAAGCAGAUUCCAGUCCGUCCUUUUAGGCACAAUGAAUAUGAAAGAUUCAUUCUUGCAGCUUAUCCUUAUUAUGGAGCGGCGUUUUCUAUGAUGGCAGGUUUUUUCAUUUUCAGUCUAGUUCAUCUCUACAGCAAGUAGCUCGAUAGAGCGUUGUAUGAUGGGUGAGACACCCUAGUGCGGGCAUGCGGCACAAUCCUUGCUACACCUUCUUCCUUCCGUCUCUGCCUCCCUCCACUUUCCCCCAUGUAAAGAAAAUGCAACAUUAUGAGUGAGAAAUUUUGAUAUGGCUCAAAUAAUUAUGAGGCUUAUGCACAUAUGGCCAUCAAAAACUGC